AUGGCAGACCUGGAAGAGAAGCUGAGGGGAAGAGGUAAAGGGGGGGUGGUACUGGGAAAAAGUAGGAUUUACUCGUUAGCAUAUGCGGAUGAUAUUGUGUUGCUGGCAGAGUGUGAGAGUGGGAUGAGACUGAUGAUGAGAGAGUUUGAAAAGUAUGUGUCGGGUAAGGAUCUGUGCGUGAAUGUAGAGAAAACGAAGGUUUUAAGAUUUAGGAAUAGGAAAGAAGGUAAGGAAGAAGUAUGGAAGUUGAAUGGAAAGAGUGUGGAAGAGGUGGAUGAGUUUUGCUAUUUGGGUUAUUGGUUUAAAUCGAAUGGGAGUCAGGAAUUGCAUGUGAGUAGAAGGUUGGAAAAAGCGGGUAAGAUUUUGGGGCAGGUAUGCGGAAUUGGAAAAAGGAGGUUUAAGGAUGACUGGAGAAGAAGAAUGUGGUUGUUUGAUGUGCUGGUGUGGUCGGUAAUAUGUUACGGUGUGGAAAUUUGGGAAUGGAAGGAAAGAAAGAAAGUGGAGAGCAUGAGUGAAAGGUAUAUGAGAUGGACGAUGGAAGUGAGUAGAAGUUGUCUGGGUUACAUGCUUAGGGAGGAGCUGGGUAGGGAAAAAAUGUUGGUAAGGCAAAGGAGGAGGGCGUGGGGUUUUGAGGAGAAGUUAAGGGAGGGAAGGGGGAAUCAAUUUACUCAAAGAUGCAGAGAAAUGGUAGUGGAAAGGGAGGAAAGGGGGGAAAAAGAAAUGUCAAAAUGGGAGGUCGAGAGAGGAAUGGUUGUAAAGGAGGCGAGAAAGGAAGGUAGGGGUUGGUAUGGCUUGGAGGGAAAUUGGAAAGAGAUGGAUAAGGUAGAAAGAUGGCAAAAGAUAUUAAGGUCGAGGUACAACAUAUGGUACAAGAUGGUGAAGAGGGUUGGGGUGCCAAAAUAUCUAGAUGACAAAGGAAAGGAGUCAAAGUGGAGUAGGAUGGUUAGAUUCAGAAUGGGUGAGGGAGUGAAUGCGUGUAGAUAUUGGUUAAGGAAUGAGGAGAAAAUGUGCAGGGUAUGUGGGUACGAGGUGGAAGAUUGGGGACAUGUGCUGGAAAGGUGUGGAAGAUGA